UCUUGAAGUGAGUGCAAAAGUCAAGACACAAGCUUAAUGACUUGAUUCAAGAGAUCUCACAACACAAACCAUGCAUCAUGCAACCUAAGAUGGGAACCAGAAAGUCUUCCCAAAGAAUUCAGUCAUGAUUAAAUAUCCAACUAUUUAGAUCUGGUUUCCCAGUAAAAUGUAAACUCUCAGAAAACAGGAAUUUUGCCUUUCUUCUUCACCUUCAGCAUGAUCACCUAAACACAUCAUAAAGCCUUCUAUCUACUAGAUCAUUAAUUAAUAAUUAAUAUUUGAAAAAUUCUGGAUUCACAUGAUAGAAAUCACAGCCGACCCUCAGCCCUCAAGAGUUGGUUAUAAAUAAUUGUGCUCAUGUUAACUACAGAGUAAACAUUACAUAAUUAUCACUUGAAAAUCUUUUGUUGCUGUGGUUUCCAGAUGUUCUCAGUGUCCAGAUAUUCCAGCUGUCCAUCUCUCAGAAAUCCAGCUCUGUCUCACUAUGGAGGCCACAACCUGUAAUGGCUCAGUGGACAGAACCCCCGUCUUCUACCUGGUGGGCAUCCCGUCUCUACCAGAGUUCUUCUUCCUCCCCAUGUUCUUUAUUUUCCUCCUGUUCUACCUUCUCAUUCUCACAGGUAAUGCCCUGAUUCUGGUGGCCGUGGUGGCAGAGCCAAGCCUUCACAAGCCCAUGUACUUCUUUCUGAUCAACCUCUCAGCCUUAGAUAUUCUUUUCACAACUACCGUCCCCAAGAUGCUGUCCCUGUUCCUGCUUGGGGACCACUUCCUCAGCUUUCCUUCCUGCUUACUGCAGAUGUACCUCUUUCAAAGCUUUACAUGCUCAGAAGCCUUCCUCCUGGUGGUCAUGGCCUAUGACCGCUACGUGGCCAUCUGCCGCCCACUGCACUACCCCGUCCACAUGACCCCACAGACUAAUGCUGCACUGGCGGCCAGUGCCUGGCUCACUGCCCUCCUCCUGCCCGUCCCAGCGGUGGUGAAGACUUCCCAGAUGGCAUAUAACAACAUUGCCUACAUCUAUCAUUGCUUCUGUGACCACUUUUCUCUAGUCCAGGCCUCCUGCUCCGACACCACCCCCCAGACCCUCAUGGGCUUCUGCAUCGCCAUGGUGGUCUCCUUCCUCCCCCUUCUCCUGGUGCUUCUGUCCUACGCUCACAUCCUGGCCUCGGUGCUUCGCAUCAGCUCCCGAGAAGGACGUUCCAAGGCCUUCUCCACCUGCAGCUCCCACCUCCUGGUGGUGGGCACCUACUACUCGUCAAUUGCCGUGGCCUAUGUGGCCUACAGGGCUGACCUGCCCCUGGACUUCCACAUCAUGGGCAAUGUGGCCUAUGCUAUUCUCACACCAAUUCUUAACCCACUCAUUUAUACCCUGAGAAAUAAGGAUGUCAAGGCUGCCAUCAUGAAAAUUAUAUCUCAAAAACCAGGCAGGGACAGGGACAUUUAACCUUUAAGUGCAGCCAAUUCUGCUCCCAGGACUCCAAAUAAUGGUGCUUAGCUUGGAGUGGAAACUCAAUAAAUAUUGUUGAAUGAAUAAAUUAAUCAUAUAAAAUAGUAAAAUAAAAUUCAACUGAGUAGACAGCUCCAAAAGUGAUUUUCAUACUUUGGUCCAGGGUUUUCUCCCUGGUGCAAUGGAAUGAUGUGAAUGUGCACAGGAAUCUGGAGUUGUAUAAAAUUUUCACUACUGAAUAAUUCAACAAUAGUUUGCUGAAAUAAAAAAAAAAAAUCUGCACGGCAGGGAAAAAAAAAACCCUUUAUAAACAAAGUCAAAAAAUAAAAGACAUAGCCCAGGAAAAGAACAACUACUUAUAAUACAUGAAGAGCUCUUCAAACUUUAGAAGAAAAAGUCUAAUAUUUCAAUAUAAAAAUGGGCACAAUGUGAAUAGAUAGAUGACCAAUGCCUGGCCUUCACACAAUUAAAAGGUAUUUCAUCUACUAUCUAAAAUGUAUACAAACUAAAACUAUUCCUCAAUGCCGUAUUUUACUUACUUAGAAAAGCAAAAACCUAAGAUUUUGACAAUAUUCCUGGAAAAAGUAGAUGUCUCAUAAGUCUCUUGUGAGGAUGAAAAAUUAGUACAGUGCUACUAUAAGUAGCCAUCAAAGGUAUUUAUGCUCUCCCCUUUUAUUCAGUAAUCUCACUCUAGGAAUCUGUCCCAAAGAUUGACUGGCAAUCAUUCUUUAGCUUACACAUUCAUCAAUAAUGGCCUGGUUGAAUAAAAUAUAAAAAUGUAUAAAACACAUACAUUUUCCUUUUUAGGAAAGGAAAUGAGUCAGGAAAGGAAACAAGUAAGCUCUACAUGUUGACAUGGUGUCAUUCUUAAGAUAUAUUGUUAAGUAAGUAGAGGGAGCAGUUGGGCACAGUGGUGCAUGGCUAUAAUCCCAGUGACUUGGGAGGUUGAGACAGGAGGAUCGAAAGUUUGAGGCCAGCCAGGGUAGUGAGAUCUUGUCUCAAAAUAGAAUAGAGUAAAAGCUGGGGAUAUAGCUCAGUGGUAGAUCACCCUUAGGUUGAAUCUCUAUUAACACCACACCCACGCACACACACACACAAAGCUACAAAACAGUGUUUUCACAAGAAAAAAAAAUUUAAAACUUGCUUAAAUUUUCAGAAAAAAAAGCUUUAAAAAUAUGAUUCUAUGUUAUCCUCUCUUUUAGCUUAUUAUUGUUCUUUAGUGGUUGUCCUUGUGUUUAUGAUAUACAUUUUUAAUUAAUUACAACCUAACCUUUAUGUGAAAAGAAACUUGUACCAGUAGAUCCCCCAUUCUGUGUGCUGUCUCAAACCUUCUACUUUUAUAUAUGUUCUAAACACACAGAACAUUGCUACUUUUGCUUUUGACAGUCAGUCACCUUUUGAAGCAAUUAAACAAAGAAAUUAAUUGCA